GCCGCGGAGGCCGACUAGGCCAUGCUGCGCCUCGCGGCCAAGCUGGUGGCCUUCUUUUGGAGGAGAGAGGACGUUCCUGAGGAGGAGGUCAGGCAGUCGGGGCAGGAGCUGCUGGAAGGUGACACCAGGUUGAAAACUGUACAGGGUGUUGUGACAAGAUAUUGCACUGAUUAUGGCAUGAUUGAUGAUUUGAUCUACUUUUCCAAUGAUGUUGUGAGUAGCAAAGUGCUUCUGAAUGUUGGACAGGAAGUUAUUGCAGUUGUGGAAGAAAAUAAAGUGUCAAAUGGACUGAAAGCAAUCAGGGUCGAAGCCGUCUCUGACAAGUGGGAGGACGACGACAAAAACUCUUGCAGAGGGUUGUCGGACUCCAGCCCCCGAGUGCUGAUUGGCUGUGUGACUUCCCUGUUGGAAGGUGCUGGCUACAUUAAUCAGACCACAUAUUUCUCGCUGGAGAGUGUAUGUGAAGGUUUCCAGCCAUGCAAAGGAGACUGGGUAGAGGCUGAGUACUGGAUCAGGCCAGAGACAUGGAGCAGUGAGGCACUCUCAGUGAAGCCACUGAGGUACAAGCGUGUAGACAAGGUUUGCAUUUCCAGCCUGUGUGGGAGGAACGGGGUGAUAGAGGACAGCAUCUUCUUCAGCCUGGACUCCCUGAAGCUUCCUGAAGGGUACAUACCGAGGAGACAUGACAUUGUCAAUGCCGUGGUGGUGGAGAGCAGCCAGUCAUGCUACAUCUGGAGAGCACUGUGCAUGACCCCCAUGAGGAGAGAUGCUGCUACUAUUGGUGAGGCCCCUGAGGAGCCCUACAGAACCCUCUUACUGAAAAACAAAGGUGAUGUUGAAGUUACAAGGAUGACAAAUUUUGGAACACUGAAGGAAGGAGAAAGUAAAACUAUGGUCAUCUGGAUAGAGAAUAAAGGAGAGAUUUCCCAAGACCUUAUCAGUUGCAGACUGGCUGGCUGGGAUAAAGCUCAGCAAUUUAGAUUUGAGGCACAGGGGAAAUGUCAGGCCUACUCAGAGGUAUCUUUUGUUUCUGUUCCUGAAAAGGAGAAACAUUUUUCAGAUGAAAAUGUUAAUUCAUUGAAUAAUCACAAAAAAGACAAAACCAAUGAGAUGCCAGAGAGCAGUUUGGUGAACAACACAGAAGUCUCUCCAGGUCAUUCUCCAGAUGACUGCGCUUGUAAAGGAGAAAAUAGAGAAAAAGGAAACACCACAUCAAAGAAUCAAGAGGCUGAACCUGGGGGGCUUAUCCCUCCAGGGGAGAAGACUUUCAUUGUGGUUACAUGUGAUGCCAGAAACCCUGGCCGUUGCAAGGAGCUCCUUCUGCUUUGCUUUUCUGACUUUCUCAUUGGGCGAUACCUUGAAGUGAAUGUUGUGAGCAGUGAGGAGGCACUGAUAGCUGUGCGUGAGCCAUUUUCUUGGAAAAAGCCUAAAAGCUCCCAAACAAUAGUGUCUGCGAAAACUACAGUUGUUGUCACCACACAGAAAAGGAACUCAAGACGACAACUUCCAAGUUUUCUUCCACAAUAUCCAAUACCAGAUAGACUGAAAAAAUGUGUGGAACAGAAAAUUGACAUCCUCACUUUCCAACCACUUCUUGCAGAGCUUUUGAACAUGUCAAACUACAAGGAGAAGUUCUCCACUCUGCUAUGGCUUGAGGAGAUCCAUUCGGAAAUGGAACUGAAGGAGUACAACAUGAGUGGAGUUGUCCUGAAAAGGAAGGGGGAUCUGCUGGUGCUGGAGGUCCCAGGGCUUGCUGAGAGCAGACCUUCCCUCUAUGCAGGUGACAAAUUGAUUUUAAAAUCUCAAGAAUACAAUGGACAUGUCAUUGAAUACAUCGGCUACGUCAUGGAGAUUCAUGAAGAAGAUGUAACUCUUAAACUUAAUCCAGGAUUUGAACAAAUGUACAACUUUGAACCUCUGGAUGUGGAGUUUACAUACAAUAGGACCACAAGCAGACGGUGUCACUAUGCACUUGAACAAGUUAUCCACUUAGGUGUAAAAGUAUUGUUCCCAGAAGAAAUCAUUUUACAGUCUCCACAGGUGACAACAAGUUGGAGCCUUACACAGGACACCAAAAGUGAAGGACAGUCCAUCACCAAGAACAAGAAAACCAUGAAGGACCAAACUAAGCACACCACAAAGGAGAGGCCUGUGGGCACCACAGAUCUGCCAGGAUUGGCUGCCUAUACUGCAGACACUAUGGAUGAGACUCAGAUCCCUAAAGCAAGAGAUAAGGAGUUCUUUAAUCCAGUGCUAAAUGAAAACCAGAAGCUAGCCGUUAGAAGAAUUCUGAGUGGUGACUGCAGACCACUCCCGUACAUUCUCUUUGGACCUCCUGGAACUGGGAAGACUGUGACAAUAAUUGAGGCUGUUUUACAAGUACAUUAUGCUUUGCCAGACAGUCGGAUUUUGGUCUGCGCUCCUUCCAACAGUGCUGCUGACCUUGUAUGUUUGCGACUUCAUGAGAGCAAGGUGCUAAAGCCAGCUGCCAUGGUCAGGGUGAAUGCUACCUGCAGGUUUGAAGAGACUAUCAUUGAGGCCAUCAAACCGUAUUGCAGAGAUGGAGAAGAUAUCUGGAGAGCCUCACGUUUCAGGAUAAUAAUUACCACUUGCAGCAGUGCAGGGCUGUUUUACCAGAUAGGAGUGAGAGUUGGAUACUUCACACAUGUAUUUGUGGACGAAGCAGGGCAGGCAAGUGAGCCAGAAUGCCUUAUUCCUCUGGGAUUGAUUUCAGACAUCAAUGGCCAGAUUGUGCUUGCCGGAGACCCCAUGCAGCUUGGCCCAGUCAUCAAGUCCAGGCUGGCCAUGGCCUAUGGGCUGAACGUGUCCAUGUUAGAGAGAUUGAUGUCCAGACCAGCGUACCUGAGAGAUGAGAAUGCCUUUGGUGCUUGUGGUGCAUACAACCCUCUGUUGGUCACAAAACUGGUGAAGAACUACAGGUCCCAUUCGGCACUGCUUGCACUGCCCUCUCGUCUAUUCUAUCAUAGGGAGCUUGAGGUUUGUGCUGACCCCAGAGUGGUGACCUCACUGCUGGGCUGGGAGAAGCUGCCUAAGAAAGGUUUUCCUCUCAUCUUCCACGGGGUAAGGGGCGAUGAAGCACGUGAAGGGAGAAGCCCAUCAUGGUUCAGCCCAGCUGAGGCCGUCCAGGUGAUGCGCUACUGUUGCCUCCUGGCCCGGAGUGUCUCCAGCCAGGUGUCUUCCAAGGACAUCGGUGUCAUCACACCCUAUCGAAAGCAGGUAGAGAAAAUAAAAAUCCUUCUGCGAAAUGUUGAUUUGACUGACAUAAAGGUUGGCUCUGUAGAGGAGUUUCAGGGACAAGAGUACUUGGUCAUUGUCAUUUCAACUGUCCGGUCAAAUGAAGAUAGAUUUGAAGACGACCGUUAUUUUUUGGGUUUCUUGUCUAAUUCAAAAAGAUUUAACGUUGCAAUUACAAGACCCAAAGCCUUGCUGAUUGUUCUGGGAAACCCUCAUGUGCUUGUCAGAGAUCCCUGCUUUGGAGCUUUGUUGGAAUACAGUGUUACCAAUGGUGUUUAUACAGGGUGUGAUCUACCUCCUGAACUGCAGGCUCUGCAAAAGUGAGCGCUCCUGGUGUCUUCCUAAAAGAAGGGCUGGCUUUAAGACUCCCCCAGCCCUUCCACACAGGCUCUCCCUCGGGGCCCCACACAUCCCACCCACUACAGCCUGAGGACCAGCCUUACUUCUUUGGCUCUUCUUCCCCUGAGCUAUAGCAGCCACUCUUUCCUGGACAUUAGUGGGUCAGUGUGACCCUUGUGUGCCCAAACAGGUACCCCUUGUAAAAGUGCCAUGGAGGAAAGAAUGUGGUUGUCAGCCCUCUGUGGGAACCAAAUUCCAUGUGGUCACCUCUCCCCUCCAGCUAUGGUUAGACAGCACUGUCAGGAUCUGUUGGACACAAAACUUAACACACAGCAGCCAACAGGGAGACUGUGUGCCUCGCCCCGUGGACCCCUAAGCCCAGCCAUACUCCUGUCAGUCCUGUGACUCCCAGAGCUCCCUUGUCUCAAUGCUGUGGGUGUUGGAAAGGGUAGGACCACUGGGUCACUGUAAUGCUCCUGUUCCUGUGCAUGGACCUUGGUUCACAAGUUUGUUUUUGCCAGUGGGCUGUCACUGCCACUACCCUGCCUCCAAAUAAAUAUUCCAGUAACCCCAGACCCCUUUCUGUCUCAAAAUGUGCCUACAUCAGUGAUAAGGGUUUUGUGUAGCUUUUACCUCUGAUGGCUGCAGUCUUUGGAACUGGUUCUGUCAUU